AUGGCUACGGCUCAAGGGCCCUGUAGCUCACUGCCUGGUGGCCUCCUUUGUAGUUUACAAGCAAUGGCUUUUUCGGACUUUGCGGCGCAUCCGGUUAUGCUCGACCCAAGGUUUCGCUAUGCCGCUGCGCCUGAGAAUAUCGUUAUGCAACCGGAGAUUACCAUGACUUGGUCGUGGAUGCCAGCGGGUUACACGAACCAAGAGAAACCGCAGCCGGAGCAGCAGGUGCUGAAACUGCAGGAGCUCAUUCACUUCAAAAACUCCACCGAGCCCAAAGCAGAUACCCCGGAAGUUUCGGCCAACGGGACAGCGGGCGACAUCGCAGGACCUGGUGAACUGGCGUGGGAAGCAAAACAGGAUGUGGGGGAGGUACUUACCACAUUGUCACAGAUCGCUGGGACUUGUGAUGGGGCAUCGCUUGUGUCCGGUCUCCACCGCAUGGCGAAGCUUUCGGAGAACGAUGCCUAUGGCGCGAUGAGAGGAUUGGAGAUUGUGCUAGGUGACCCGCGCCUUGCACGCGCUCUGUCAGUGCUCAGGUCAAAGGCCCAGGAGCUCAAAACCGCACGCCCCAUCAUGCGAACCAUUUGGGCCCUCGGCAAGCUUGGAGUCCGAGGCGAAGAUGUGCAUGGCAUCAUCGCCCAGCUCGCACAAACCGCCCCGCCCAUCAUGAACCAGUUCUCGUGCCAGGAGCUUUCAAACACUCUUUGGGGCCUGGCCAGGUUGAGCGAGAGCUUGUUCGAGCUGCGGCCGGAAGGAACUCAGCUCGCAUAUUGGGUGGUGAUGCAAGGCACGACGCGGCUGGCCCAAUUCAGCACACAGUGCCUCACCAACAGCCUCUGGGCUGUGGCGAAGCUGGGGCUCAAGGGCCCGGAAGCGAAGGCCUUCUGCAACGAGUGCCUCUUCUACAUUCGGGAGGUGAUGUUCCGGGAGAUGUCACCACAGGGUCUGGCCAACAGCCUCUGGGCCUGUGCCAAGCUCCAGACGGAAUUCCGGGUAGGGGCCCCUCUGGACAAGGAGGCAGUGAAGCUCUUCUGCAGAGAUGCGGCGCGGCGGACGAGAGCCUCCGCAGGCCUACUGGAGCUCUUCUUGCCGCAGGAGCUUUCCAUGGCGCUGUGGGCCAUGGCAAAGUUGAUGGGGCGCAGACCCCGUUGCAAGCCGAAAGACGAUUGCUUCGAGGACGUCUGGAGGUUCGCCGAGUCCGUAGCUUCUGAAGCUGCCAGGCGCAUCUGGGACUUUAGCCCUCAGGGCGUGUCAACCAUCGCCUGGUCACUGGCGACACUGGAUGUGAUGAAUGGCCGGGAGGUCUUCAACUUCUUCGACGUCGCUGCCCAAGUCGCUUCGGUGAAUAUCAGGGCAUACCCCCCUCAGGCCAUAGCAAACUGUUGCUGGGCCUUCAACCGCCUCAGCCAAAAGGGGCACAUGGUGGAGGUCUUUGGCAGACUGGCCGCCGACGAAGCCUUGAGAAGGAUCGAUGAGUUCGCAUGGCAGGACCUCUCUGGCAUUGUCAGCGCGCUGAUGAACACCACCCCCCAGAACAGAAUGGAGGUGUGUCGGCUCGCCACGGAGGUGGCUAUUCGAGCAAAAAGCCACUGCAAGCAGAUCGGCACACAGGCACUCUUGAACAUCGCUCUUUCCGGUGUGCGGCUGAAGAUCGACCUGGCGGUCAUGACGCCCUUGGUGUAUGAAAUCGGCCGAGCAUUCUAUGGCCACAUGCACAGCUUCAACGAGAUCGACUUGAGGCAAUGGGAGGAAGCGCAGCGCUACUGUUCCAUUCACAUUCCAGGCCCCACCGCUGGCAAGGGCAAGGGUCGGGAGUGGAAAAGUGGCCGGGGACGCCGUGGCAAGUAA